CUUGGUCCUGCGAACAUCCCAUCACUAUCAAGAAACAUUGCUAAACCAAAACCAAACAAAAAUUUCUUAAAUUCGUUGUUAUAAUAUUCGUUUUGUUUUAAAUAAUGUCGUCCUUUCUGGACAUGCUGUCGGGCAGCGGGGAAGUGGACCUGAAGAAGUGCGGCGACGUGGUGGUCUCGCCCUGCGAUAAUAUGAUCGCGCUUUACUGCCACUUCUGCCGGGACAUUUUCACCCAGUUGCCGGAGUUCCUGAGACACCUCCAGUGGGCGCACGCCGAUGCGCUGCACUUCACCAAGGAGCACAACGUGUACAGCGUGGAGGAGCUGAUGUCCGAUGAGCUGGAAGACCAGGAGGAUGCCCAGUCGGCGGGAAACAGCAGCAGCAGCGGGGACUCCGGGGUGCAGGCAGAAUCGGAGGAGCCAGUGGCCCCCAAGAAUUACCAGGAUGACCCACAAGAUACCAUAGAAAAACUGAAACCUAUAUAUAAAUCCGAUCAAGGAAAGGUUCUGCCAGAUGAAAAUGACUUCAGAGAGAAGGAACCAAAGGUUCAGGGCCGGGGAUUCAAUGGACCUCGCAAGGCUGAAAAUAAGGGAAAAUCCCUGAAGAUAUGCGAACUAAAAAGUCACGCUAUAGCCAAGAAAUCGAGGAAACACAUGAGCGUCGUGAAGAGCCGCAUACUACAAGUCAUUAAAAGCGACUUGCCUGCAAACCUUCAGAUGAAACCACCAAACACCAAAUGCAGUCUUCCCAUAACUGAACCUAUACAGGAAGACAACAUACCCACACAUAGCUUUCAAACACCUCCUAAACCUGUGCCGACCCCAUCUAGUUUGAGUGUGAGGAAGUCUACUUUAACUAAGGCACAAGACUGUGUGGUGAAGAAACCACUGAACAUGAAACCAAAGCCCAUUUCAACUGGUCAAGAAAAAGAAAUGCUUGAAAUCUCCAAAUCUGCUAGCCAAAGUCAACUGGUUAAAAAAAGAAAAUCAUCCCCCUUACAAAUACGGCAUGUCGAAGUUUUUCCACCUCUUAAUUUAGUUCCUACGGCGCUAAUUAAACCAAAAGAACCUAUUAAAGACUUUUCAAACCUUCCACCUCUUCAUAAACAUGCAAAGACGUUGAUUAAACCAGAAAAUGCUAUUGAAAACAGUUCAAACAUUUCAGCCUUGGUCAAAAAGGUUUCCAACCCACAUCAGCCUAACAAACCGUCGCUGAAAAGAGUUUUCGGAGAAAAUAACCAAGACACAAGUCAAAGUCUUACAGGGCGCGAACUGAAUUCAAGUAUUGCCCAAAAUCCAUUAAAAGCCAAUACUAAAAAGUUUAAUAAGCUCAGUGCCAAAUUGGAGCAGGAAAACCUACUAAGACCUUCUACCGACAAUACUGUAUGUUCUGUUUCUGAGAAGAAUAAUACGAAAUUUAGAACACUUGUGCUGGGAAAUAAGAAUGUACUAAAAAAGGAGCAGACCAGUCCCACAAAAACUGCACGUUUGGCAACUCCCUCAACAGAAAUUUUGAAAAAAGUUGGGUUGCCAGCAAUCAUAGAUAGCACCUAUGAGGACACAAAAGCGUUGGACGAGUUGGUGAACUUGCGCGAAAAUGCUGCCCAGUUUAGCAAAAUCUACAGAAAGUACGACUCCAUUUGGAACUAUAGAAAUAUAAACCCGCCAGUCAAACAUGAAUUCAUUGCUUGCAAGGUUGCCGCAUUAACUGCGGAAGUGAACUUGGCCAUGAAGUGCGACCUGUCCGAAAGUGAUAUUAAACGCAUUGUUAACCUGAUCUCAGUUUGGAACAAAGAUAUGGUUAAUCUUCAGACAGUCAAUCCUUCAACAAUUACGGCCACCGCUCAACGUCAUUUAAGUUUAUUCAAGUAUUUGCCUGUUAAGUUUGCCUACUUUUGCGAGAGUUGCGACGACAUCUUUACCUUUGAAGAAGUCUUCAAGAAGCAUUCGUUGUCCCACCAACCCGUUCCGUACCGUUGCCCAAUAUGUCAGAAAGCUUUCAAACACCAGGGAUUCUACGAUAAGCAUGUGCGAACCUUUCAUGCCUAAGGAGCAAAUUGGGAGAAAGGCUUAUAAGUUAUAGUUAUACUUAUUGAAAAAGUGGGAAUACUGUUUUAGAGUUUAAAUCUUAAAGUUGCUUUACCUUGACUGCCAAGUUAUAUUAAUUAUAAAAGUUCAUGUACUACAUUUUUAUAUUUUACAAACAGUCUGUCUAUUUUGUAGUUGAGUUUCAAAUAAAAAGCACCCCACUCUGUUGCUAUA